AUGAGCUACAUGAGCAGAAUGUACAUGGCGGCCAGUGUGGCGGCGGUGAAGAGCCUCUCCGAUCAAGGGCAGAAGCUCAAGUCCCUCGGCCGUGCCAAGAACCGAUUUUUUCCCGGCGGGCAAGGCCCUAACGCGGCUGAUCUCCGGCCUUUUUCCGUCUUGGUCAAGGCCGAAUCCGGAGGAAUUAUCGGCGCCGGCGAAGAACGGAGGAGCCAGACGGAGGAGUCUCUCCGGCAGGCCAUGUAUUUCAAUUGCUGGGGGCAGGGCUGA